CUUCGUGCCACUGCCGACAAUCGGAUCCUGCUUCUGCACCUGCACACAGCGUCCAGGAAUGGCAAAGACGUUCCCCGAAGUGCAGCCCGGCGGCAGCUUGAUCCUUGCAUGGCAGGUCAAGGACAGAAAGGUCCUUGUGGUCGGCGGAGGUGAAGUCGCUGCCGGACGAAUCCUCAACUGCCUCAAUGCCGAUGCCAACAUCACCGUCGUCUGCCCAGCGUCGGGCCUGAACGAGGAAGUCGCUUUCCGAGUAGCACAGAAACAGGUUACACACGUCGAUCGAGUCUUCGAGCCGUCAGACCUUGAUGGGGCAGACAUGGUGCUUGUGGCCAUCGACGACCCGGCGGCGUCGACCACCAUCUGGAAGCUCUGCAAGGAGAAGAAGGUGCCCGCCAACAUCGCCGACGUCCCGCCGGAAUGCGACUUUUACUUUGGAAGCGUACAUCGAGAUGGACCGCUGCAGAUUAUGGUCAGCACGAACGGCAAGGGGCCACGUCUGGCGGCGUCUCUCCGGCGGUUCAUUGCUGGCCAACUGCCCAAGAAUUGCGGCAAUGCAAUCGAAGCCAUCGGCGAGCUGAGAACCAAGUUACGCAAGGUUGCACCGAAUCCGGAGGACGGGCCUAAGCGGAUGCGAUGGAUGUCCAAGGUCAGCGAUACGUACAAGUGGGAGGACAUGUGCAACCUCACCGAGGAAGACAUGGAGAACCUCUUGCUCUUCUAUCCUGCUAACAAGGUUCCCGCCAUCGAUGUCUUGUUUGCGCUGCGGGGCGGCACCGACGUUAAGAAGCUUGACGUGUUUGACGGAUCGUUUGGGUUCAGCAUUGGGGUCUGACGGAAGCAUUGUGUGGCGUUGGACGAUGUCUUCGCAUCCUUAGUAUAUUGACUCGAGACUGCUAGUCUCUGAGUUGUGUGUUUCGUUGUACAAUUGUACGAAGUAUAUGGAUAGCACCUGGAGUAUUGUGUGUAUGGGAACAGUACAUGGAUGGAUAUUGGAAGAAACUUUUACCAGACUGAAUUCAUAGUAAGAGAAAGCCUCAGCGCCUGCUUGUAUGUAUGCUCG